CUCAUUACUGAGCAUGAAGACAACAAUAGAGCAUGACGGGCCAUAGAAUGAGCCGCCUCUUUCUAUUUCGAACAAUGAAAAGAACCAUUGAACCAACACUCUUAGCAAGUUGCGAACAAGUUUCCUAUAGAAUAACUCUUAUCUUGACAUCCGAAGUAUCACGAGCUUGGAACUUGUUAAUGAUAGUUUUAGCAUCCCACCGAUGAUUAGAUGGUGCAACAGAUGCAUAUGACAUUCCUGGAGAUAAUCACAUUGCGCCAAAGCUUUGAGGAUGUAAGCAUCUAUAUACUGUAAUUCCUCUAAGCUAAUGCAGCCACAAUAGAACCCUAAGGCUCGAGAAGAAUGAAAGUGGUAGUCCCCGAGUCUCCCAGUCUUGUAGUUGUAUCAGAAAUAACAGUGCAUCUGAUCGUCGUACCAGAUGUAGAGUUGACGCAACUAAGAAUGCUUGAAGAAGAUGGAAGAGAGGGAGAGUGGUGAAGUAGUGCAUUGACAGCCUUAGAAACCUGGUGACGGGAUUGAGAUGCCAAAGUGUGAAGUAGAAUUUGCUUGCGAUCAAAAUGAACUCCGCAUCUAAUUUUCCAAAAAUGUUAGAAGCAAACAGCCAACAAAAUCAUAUACUCAUAAUCUAGUCCAUCAACCCUGCUUAAAGAAAAGCAAACAAAACUCCCCAAAGGAACCCAUUUCCCAGCCACUUAUUUUUUCGGCCAAGUAAACCAUAUGUCAUUCUAUUGUCUCAUCCUUCUGACUGCAAAACGUACAAAGAGGAGUUAGAUCCAAACCUCGAGUCACCAAAACUUCAUAAGUGAGUAGAGUUCGAUGGAGACAUUGCCACAAAAGAGUAGAAGCUUUAGCAGUAGCUUUCUCAACCGCUUCCAAAUUCCUUGCUCAACAAGAGAGACAUCGUGCUUUGAGGGUGGAGAACGAUGAUGCAUAAAAGCCAGAUGGUACGCUAAUUUAACUAAAAAGUUAUCAGUCGGUUCAAGAUGCCAGAUAAGCAGGUAUUGAACAUGCCGCCUUGGGAGAGGAAUGCCCAAAAUGAUUGUUACAUCCGUUUAUGAAAAAAAAUGUUGAACAACCUGUCGAUUCCAUGUCUAAGAUCCCGGAUCAAUUAGAGCGGAGAAAAAUGGAGAAGAAGGAAAAAUCUUGGCCACGAAAGAGGGACUGACGACAUAGUCGUUGGGAGCCAAGGAUUAGAGAAAGCAAUGAUGGUGUGAAUGUUUCCUACUCGCCAGCCAAUUCCUUUUAGAAGGUCUCUGCCAAAGAUAACACUUCGUCACCCCCAAGAAGAAUUCGCUCCAGCGUGACCCGGCAGAUAAUCCGAUGAUGAUAAAAAAAUAUUUAGCACGUUAAAUACAAGGUAGAAGCAACAUUGGUUCCAUCAGCACACACCAUGCACCUUGGCUAACAAAGCUUGAUUGAAACAACUAAAAUCUAUGAAACCUAGCAAUCCUCUACUUCCAUAAUCUUUUGUCUUCCGAAGCACCUGAAGUCGGGUUAUUGCGGUUAUCCUAUGACUUACUAAUCUUGUCACUCCUCCCCUGAACAACUCAUUUUCCAUUUUGAGAUGAGAUUCAAGAUAUUACUUUUAGCAAAGUGGGCUAUCAAGCACCCGAUUCUUAUGGAUUUACAUGCAUCUCUUUCCCACCUUUAUGGGGCACCGUUGGAGAAUAUGUGAUCGUUGCAAUAUUGAAAUAGAAGGUUAUGCAUUUCUUGAAGACUAAAUCUCCAGGUCGAGAUAAAUGGACGACAUUGAAGGUAGAUAUGGAGAAAGCAUAUGAUUAUGUUAAAGGAUGGUUUUUUCUAGGUUAUGCGAUAAAUAUGUUUCUAUGAACAGUUGGUUAAUUGGAUGUAUGCUUGUGUUCACAAUGUUUCGUUUUCCGAUUUAAUUAAAUGUUGUUGUGUCUCUUAACUUACUCCAUGCUCUUAAGUUCCAUCAUCGAUGUCCGACAAUCUCUCAUCUUUCAUUUCUAGAUGCUUCAUACUUUUUCCUUCACGCUUCCUCCGGGAAUGCAAUAACCUUCUUGGAUUACUUGAUUAUUUUCAUGUUGAGCGGUCAAAAGUUGAAUCAUCAUAAGUCAACUGCCUCUUUCGGCUCUGACAUGACUAUUGUCAAAGCCAAUGCUAUUGUCUCUCGUCAUGGGUUUAAGAAGGUGGUGAGAAGGAUCGGUACCUUGGCCUUUCUGCUUGUAUCUCUCAUUUGAAACAAGAUACUUUCUUCUAGAAGGACAGUUUGGUUUAAAAACUUCAUAAUUGGAAUUUCCCUAGGCACUGUCCCCAAUCCUCCUUCCUGUUAGCCUCCCCUAGGCAGGUCCUUCUUGGGCAUGGUAGGGCAUUCUUUAGGGUAAAAAUUUACUUAUACAUGGUAAUUGUUGACCAAUGGGUUCAGCUCCUUCAGUUAUAUCACAUACAAUGUUUGACUGCCCACGUUCCGUUCAUCUUGUUCUCAUUUCCUUGCCAAUGUCAAGUUGUUGUUUCCAUAGGUGUCAUCACUAAUCCAACAUGCAACUCGGUCAUGGUAGUAGCCUCUUCUUCUGUGCUUGUUUGAUGCUGAAUGUGAAUGUGAUUUAUUUCAUUCCUUUUCCAGUUGUAGAUCGCAUUAUUUGUCUCUAAAAAACCUCAGGUGAGUACACUGCAUGUGAAAUCUGGAUACUCUAUUGCUUCUACUAACUUUGUGCCUUUUAUGUGUUGUCCCUAUUCCCCUACACUUAAGUUCUAAUUGAUAAGCAUCAUCUAAUUGAUCCACAAAUGAAGAUGUUUGUAAGUGCUUGAUUUCUCUAGAGGUUGCAUAAUCUCUCUUGCUUUGUUUUUUGUAUUGUGAGUUGAUGUCUCGUUGUUGAAUUUAUCUGGGUUAUGCCAUAUUUUACAGAGGAUAUGAUAGAAACACGGUUUUUGUGUUCUGUCAUAUUUAUCAUUUUUAAUAUAAUUAGAGUAAUUAUUAAUAUGGUUAGUAAUCUUUUAGUAGAAUUAGGUUUAUUAUUAGGGCAUUGCUAUUCGUCGCCCUAAAUUACCUUAUUCGUCGCCCUAAUUUUUAUUAAAAUGACUCAAAUAUCCUUAGUUUAGUUUGUAUCUCAUCUCUAUUUCCUAUUUUCAGAGGACUUUCCAUAUCCGGGGUUUUUUCGUAACCGCCGUUGGAACCAGCGGAUGGAUUGAAAACUCAUUUCCGGCGAGUUGAGAACAGGUCGGCUUUCUUGAUGGUCGGUUGGCUGAAUCCCUUUCCCCCUUCCCUUCCAAUUAUAUGAUAUGCAUAAGCAAAUAGCUAAUGUGGACGGCUGCAACUGCAAAGCAUAAAGUUGUAUUUUUCCCCUAAUGAAUAUAAAGUUGUCUUUCUCCAAUGGAAUCAGAGUCCUCUUACUGCGAAUGGUUUAACCAAGAAAAAGAAUUCUAAGGAAUCCAAAGACAUUAUUUAAUGAAUCAUAUAUACAGAGAGAUCCAAGUCUUUGACCACUCUUUAUCAUAUUGCACAUAUAUUUAAUCAGUAGAAUCUGGCAGCAACAGUAGAAUCCGGCGGUGGUCAGCUGUUGGCGAGAGGAAUCUGGCAGCGGCAGCAGCGAGCGGAGGAUAGAGGAGCUCGGCGAUGGCUGGCAGGGUAAGAGACUGUUCGUAGGUUUUGGUUAGAAAUUGAGACAGGAGGGUAAAAGGGUCAAUUAUGUGCAUUUUAGGGCGACAAACUUUGAAUUUUAGGGCGACGAAUAGCAAUUCAGUAUCAUUAGGGUUUCCUAGUAAUUCUCUAUAUAUAUUUGUACUUUGACUCUCUCGUGAGAUUAAGCAGAAGUUAAUAAAAGAAUUAUCUUCCCAAACCCUAAGUUAUCCCUAGCUCCUAAUUUCUCUUCUUCCCUAGUCCAAGGUUUCGGCCGAUUCGUAUUCUGUUCUUCCUCCCCUAAUUCCCCAUCUCAAUCCCUAAUUUUGUUCGUAUAAACCCUAAUCCCCAAAUAUCAAGCCGAUAGUCACCUUGUUUCUAUCAUUUGGUAUCAGAGCCAUGGUCGAAAAGCUGAGUUCGUCACAACCCUUAGUCGGGGACCACUAUGGCGUGUUGCACGAGCGCCUUUGCAAGCUGAAAGCCCUCAUAGCCAAACAAAAUGCAGAACGGGAGUGGCAGAAGGCCGAAGGGGAGCGGCGGGACGCAGAGCUCACACGACUCCUAGCCGUGAUUAGCAGAAAGAGCCGAUCCUCCAAUACCGCUGCUACAACGCCGCCACCACCUGCGGCAUAAAUCAAUGCCGUAUGGUCCCCAUCUAUAGUAGAAGAAGAUCAUGCCGCCAUCACAAGCACCGUCACCACCGUCGUAACCUCGGAGUCACGAGAACCGAGGCUGGCUGUGGCUUCUGUCCUCGGAGAAGAAGCUAUGGCGGCUGCUGCGCCAACACGUGCGGAAGCCAUGACGAUGGUGUCAUCACCACCCACCACCGCCAUCUCCAUUCCAACGACAACCACCACGAAGUUAGCCAAGGAGAUUGUCGCGGAGCCUAUCAUCACCAUCGAGCAGCCAUCAAUUGUCGUUGCUCCUCUCAAGAUAAACGCCGCUGAGUCAAUCUUCCCAUCGGUCGUCGUCGUUCUGAAGAGCCAGGCAGUCGCAAGCCUUGGCAAAGAUAGCUUGAAAGGGAUCCCAGCUCGCGUCGCGAACUGGAGAUUUCGGAAGAAGUGGUGGUCCGACGAAGCCAAGCCGUCGACCCGCGUGUCGACCACCACCGCCUUCUCGACCGCGUCGUUCCAGGCCUCAACCCAGGAGAAGAGAAUCCCCGCCAUGCCCCAAAUGGUCGCCAUCGCUGCGAGAAGGAGCUUGCAGAUCCAUCCGCUGGGGACGGAGUUCAGGGUCGGCCACCACCGUCAACGCAAAGCCUCGAAGGAGGAGAGUCGCGUCGAAACCAAGCCCCGACAUAGAACAGAGGAGGCCAGGGAUCACUGAGCCAGGGCCGGCCAAGAGGGUGUGCCGGCCCGCCCUCCGGCACAGGGCCUUUGAAUAUUAGGGGCCUCCACUCAAAUUCGUUAGUUACCGAUCGAAUAUUGCAGGUUAUUUUUUUAGUGUAUGAUUGAUAGAUUAUGAAUAUGAUGACGAAUUUAAUAGAUAAUUUUAGCUAUAAUAACAAUUGAAAAAGAUCUCAUGGAGAAUAUGAAAAUAAGAGAGAUAAUAGAUAAUUUUAAUUUAAACAAUAAAGAAAGAUAUUACAUUUUGAAUAAUGGUAUUAUAAUCAU